AUGUUCACAGCAACCGAGAUUGAGUGUAAAACGGCGACAAAUGAUUCUGAUCUAAUUGAGGAAACACUCUCAGAUAUUGAACACAACCAUCAAUACGGAAGUGAGAGCGAAGACAGUUUCGACAGUGUUUCUCCAGCAUCAGAAAAUUAUGAUGAUUACAAAGCAUUAGAAUGCCAUGCUAAAUCCGACGAGUCAGCACUUGCCAACACAUCCAAAAAACUAUGCGGGGUUUGUGGUAAAUUUGUAAACAAUAUAUCGAGACAUACCCUGAGCCAUACAAAAAAUAUAAAACACAAUUGCCCCUACUGCUCCAUCAAAAUUAUUGAUGGUUCGAAUUUGAUGCGACAUGUGCAGGCAGUACACCUGAAACUCAUAGUCAAAUCUUGCGAGAUUUGUGAUAAAGGUCUUACAAGUAUAAGUUCCUACAAGUCUCAUAUGCGCUCUCAACACGGAAUUGGAGAAUCUUAUAUUUGUAAGAUAUGUUCGAAAGAAUUUAGUCAUCCUAGUAGCUUACGAGACCAUUACAACAGAUUGCACACUACUGAGAGCAAAUUCAAAUGUUCGACUUGCGCAAGAGAAUUCAAAACCAAAAAAGAAGCAAAAAUCCAUAAUAGAGUACACUCAAAAAAUCAGCCAUUUGCAUGCAAUCAGUGUCCUAAACGAUUCAAAAGUACAAACGCCAGGAACAUUCAUCAAUUAACACAUAGCGGUAUCCUUUUUUCAUGUUUACUUUGCGACAAAUCCUAUCGAUAUAAAGCUUUGCUCAACGUUCACAUGAGAAAGUUUCACCAGAAAGAAAACGACGAAGGAACAACAGUUUAGGUAGAUAUCUGACAAUAUCGAACGAUUCACCGGCAUUCAGGUGUGAUUAAAAAAUAUGUCUUUAUCAACAAUGCAUUGUUUCAUAAACGAUCUCUUGCCUUACAGUUAAACGAUAAUGAAAAUAGUCGUACGCAUUUUGCUUAGAUUGUACGGACAA